GCUGGUAAAGUGGGCGGGCACACAUCAUCAAUCUGCGCAGGCGCGGUCUGUGGUCCACGCGCGGGAUUAUGCCGGCGCGGCACGUUUCACGAGUUCGGGCUCUGUAUCGGCGUAUUUUGCUGCUGCACCGGUCUCUGCCCCCAGACCUCAAAGCCCUUGGCGACCAGUAUGUGAAGGACGAAUUUAGGAGACAUAAGACCGUUGGUUCUGAAGAGGCCCAGCGUUUCUUGCAGGAAUGGGAGGCAUAUGCAUCAGUGCUAUGGCAACAAGCUAAUGAAAACAGAGAAAAUUCAACUGAAAAAGCAUGUUUUGGAAUCUCCUUACCAGAAGAAAAACUUAAUGACUUUCGUGAUGAACAGAUUGGACAGUUGCAGGAGUUGAUGCGAGAAGCCACUAAACCCAAUAGGCAAUUUAGUAUUACUGAGUCCAGGAAACCAAAAUUUUAGUCUAUACAGUAAAGCUUAACAAAGCAUUUUAAGUUCAGAGCCGCUAUUUUAGUCAUUGGUUUUUAAAGUAUAUUAAGCUUUUUGGCUUUGAAAAAGCCAUAAAUAAAAGAAAUUUCAUCAACAUUAGGCAAUUUUAUAUGCUUUCUGUAAUAAACAGAUUAAGAUUGUGAAUGGAUAAAACCUUACAUCAUUGAAGUAAUAGCACUUGCUGCAUGGGAUUUUUUUUUUUUUUUUUUUUUUUUUUGGACUAAG